UCCAUUACUUGGCAGCCACGACCAGACAUCCUCCAUCUGUUCUCUUUUGUUUUUCUCCAAUAAACAAGGACACCAUCAUCGUCCUUAUUCGUCGAUGGGUCCCUUGUGGGCCUUACUCUCUCCCCAAGUCAAACCCAUAUUUCACUCUCACUGAAACCUUCUUUCCGGCCGAGAAAGAAGAUAAUUUCAAAGGAAAAUAAAAAUAAAAAUAAAAAUAUAUACACGUUCUCAAUUGCUUUGAUUUUAUUAUUUUAUAUGAUUUUUACCACUCCGCCAGCUCUGAUACUAAUAUCUCCAAAGGACAUGUUAACCGCGGACUUUUUGCGCUUUCGCUUGCCUCUCUGUGCUUUCCCAACGACGACAUCAUUAAAAUCAAAAACACAGUGGGAUGAGUUCGAUUUCCAGAGUUGUCAAAUUCAAUCAUGGGAUUAAUGGGAUCGCUUGGCUGCUUAUUCUGUCGCAGAUGUUACCGCACUCCACGGCCCAGCAGAUCGGAAUGGGGUCGCCGUCACAAGACCAGUUACCCGGCCUCGGCGCGUUCGACAGACGUAUGGCCGUCAUCAUGGUCAUCCUCGUCAGCGCCUUCUUCGUCAUCGGCAUCCUCUCUGUGUACAUGCGGACCUGCACCGACAGGCAAAUCCGCGGCCGCCUCGACCUCGCCAUCGCCGGCGGAAGCAACCGACGCUCCCGCAUGGCGCGUGGCCUCGACGCGGCCACAAUCGGGAACUUCCCAACCUUCGUGUACUCCACCGUCAAGGGGCUCAAGAUCGGCAAGGACUCGCUCGAGUGCGCCGUGUGCUUGAACGAGUUCGAAGACGACGAAACGCUGCGUUUGCUCCCCAAGUGCAGCCACGUUUUCCACUCCGAGUGCAUCGACGCCUGGUUGGCCUCUCACAACACGUGCCCGGUUUGUCGGGCCAACAUGGUCCCCAUUCCCGGAGAGAUUCAAUCCACCGCCAUACAAAUUCUCGACCCGGAUAACGAAUCGGGUCAACCCGAACACGGAUCCGAUACCGACGGCACCCAAGCUCGGGUUGCUGAUAAUCAGAGCGGCGAGUGUGACAUAGAAUCUCCUAACGCGAACUUAGUGAAUCAUGGGCAGAGGACCAACCCGAGCCGUCCGGUCAGGUCUUGGUCAACGGGGUUUGGACUCACCGGGAUAUUCCCGCGGUCACACUCAACGGGUCACUCGCUGGUUCAACCGGGCGAGAACCACGAGAGGUUUACGCUAAGGUUACCGGAGGAGGUACGGAGUCGGCUCAUGAACUCGAGCUUGAACCGAGCGAACAGUUGCGUGGCGUUUCCUCGUGUGAGGAGUUCGAGGAGGGGUUACAGGAGUGCAAGUGGGGGCACUGGGCGUGGGAGGAACUAUCUGUUCGCCCGGUCGGACCUGUGGCGGCUUUCUUUUACGCCGAGUUUCAUCUCACGGACCGGUUCGGUCCGUUCCCCGAAGCUGGAGAUGGACACCGUGGGGGAACGCUCGUCUGAUCCGCUCCGGCCUGAUGGUCAAACUUAGGUGGUUGCUGGUUUGGGUUACUGGGGCCUUGACCCAUGGAGAUUACGUGUACAUUGUUUUUUUUUUUUGUUUUUUUUUUUAUAUAAAAAAAUAUCUCUUUUUUUUUUUUGAUUAAAUCAUUUUAAAACUUUUUAAUUCGUGGAAACCCAAAUGAGAAGAUUGGGAAGUACUUUGCAGUGAAUUGGGAGACAUUACUGCACAAGUGUGUCAUGGGAUUGAGGUAAAAUAUAAUGCAUUUUGUUAGUCUUGAGUUGUGAAUGUUAAAGCAUUGUUUUUAUUUGUUAAAAUUUUUCAGUUCAUGUUAAAAUUUGUCAGUUUUUACAAAAUAUAGCAU